AUGUCCAGCUUAUCUCAACAGUUGAAGGUGAUAAGCGACAAGACCGCUUCUGUGGCCUUGGACAGAAAAACACGUUCUAAGAUUCAUUCCAAGUCAUUAAUCUUCGAUCCCAAAACUGCAUCAACUCAAGAUUACGAUUAUCUUUAUGACAUUGGAUUAGAAGGUUUAAACGAGCUUAUUGAUUUAGAUUCAAGAUUCAAUCACUUUCAAAACUCACUUUUCUCUGAGACCUCCAUAAAUUUUGAUAGAAAUGUUCAAACUAAAGAAAUACUUGAUACCUUAAAUAAAAAUGUUGAAGCUUUCUUGAAUGUGGUAGCUCCUUAUUAUAGCUUAGCUCCAACUUUGAAGGCAAUCGAAUGGUUAGUCAGAAGGUUUUACAUAAACAUUCACAAUGCCGAAACUUUGUUAUUAUCUUCUUUAACUUACUAUCAGCAACCAGUAUUUGUUAAAAUUUUACAUGUCAUACCAAAAUCAUCAUUUCCACGUAUUUUUGAAUGGGUCCUUGGAUAUAAAGAUUUAAUGAAAAAUCCUCCUAAUAACUCUAUUUUGAAAAGUUUCCAUAAUGAUCAAGAAUUUUACAAAUUAUAUCUGUUUUACUUAAUUGAACAACUCAAGAAUAAAACAGUUUUCAAUCAGCAAUUGGUCUUUUUCUUAUCAAACACUAUCCAAUUAUUAGCCUCAUAUAAUAAGGAAUUACCUAAAUUGAAUGAAUCUUAUUUGCCUACAGUUUUGGAAGUUGUUGGUACCAUGUUAUUACCUUCCAAAGAAAAAAUUUCUAAAAAUUCUUCAGCAAAUGAUGUUAAAUUAACUGCUUAUUCUGUUAUUUCGGUGUUAGGAUCUAUUAUUCCUUUGACUGCUCAACUUAUUGAAUCUUUCACAGACUCAAUUUUGCAAGACCCACGCUCAUUCAAUGGACUUGAAAAACAAUCUUUAAUCGUUUUGGGCCAACUUUGGAAUUUUUAUAAUCAAGAUAAUAAUUUAGGAUCAAAAAUUUCUUGUUUUGAUCGUUUAAGUCCAAGCCAAUUAUUAGAAAAGGAAUCCUUAAUCAAAAGUCUUUUUGCUGAAAACUACAAGUUGAACAAAUUUUUCAUAUACUAUUUUCUUUCCCAAAUUAAUGAUAAUGAAAAUGAGGAAGCUUAUCACAAGAUCUUUGAGAUCUCUAAAUUUGUCAACUUGGACGAUUCUUCUAUUCAUUUCAAUAAAUUUACAUCCAAGUUGCUUCAAUUGGCAGAAAGCAGAAAAGACGAGACCACCAGAAAUGGUUGUAUUUCUAUAUUUGAAAGCUUGAUCAAAAAUAACAAAGAUUCGUUCAAUAAUCUUUUGGAAUUAGAAAAGAAAUCUAUUGGUGAUUUGGAAAUGAUACUUAUGUAUAAUUUAAACGGACAAGAAACUCAUGAUGCUGAUAUUGAAUUUGCUGAUGAGGAAGAUGAAGUUGACCAAGUCUCAGAUCAAAUAUUAAAUUCAUCCAGGGUCGACUUAUCUUCUCUUAAAACAAAAACCAAAAGCUUUUUUGAUUCUUCGACUAGCAAAGAAUUUACAAAGUUGUCGCAAGCUUACAUACAAGCUUUAUAUGACACUGAACAACUUUUCAAGGUCAAGGUUGCAGCAAUUCGUCGUUUUGGUAAUAUAGUUUUUCAUGGUAACAAAGAAGUAUUAGUAAGUUUUAUACUUCGAUUAUCAUUGACUCCAGCUAUUCCUUAUGCCACUAGAGUUAUUUCACUUAAGGCAUUAAAACCAAUUUUAUCUGAAAUUAAAGACAUUUUCUUCUACUUACUUGUUCCUGUUUUGAUUCUUGGUUUUUAUGAUACCGAAAAGACUAUCAGAUCAUUAUUUUUUAAAAUUGCUGAAUUCGUUCAUAAUGACACAAGAGAUCGCAGCAAAAGCAAAGGUAAAAUCACUUUGUUUAUGGAAGAUCAAAUAUAUGGAUCCACCCCAGUGGGUAAAAGAUCAAUUAUCACUCCUCAAGAUGCUCACUCUAUGCUAAAACAAUUAUUCAAAGAAGGUAAAUCCAAUCUUAGCGAUUCAGUACUUGAUAGAGAACGUUUAAUUUUUACCUUAUUUGAGGUUUUGUUUAAUAAGAAAGUUGGAAAAAUUCUUUUGAAGACUUUCAUAAUGAAUCAAUGGUCCCUUUCAUUUUGGCCCAUUGCAUUCAAAUCUAAAAUUUGGAGUAUAAUAUCUUACGAGAACAAUAUUUCUGGCUUUUCCAAAAAAGGAACCAGUGACAGAUUUUUCUUUUUGGAAAGUGAUAUUUCCAAUUAUGUUGAUCAGAGACCUCAUUUGCUUGAAGAAGCUAAGUUGGCUAAAGUGGAAUUCUUUGAUGAUGUUGAAGGGCCUUUAGUCAAUAUGGUUGGAGGUAAAUCCUCUAAUGAAAACAACGUGAACAAAGAAAUAGAUUGGUUAAUCAAAGCAUUAGGCUGCAAUUACCAAAAUUUACAAAUCGCAGCAAAUGAAAGAAUAAUUAAAAUAUUCCCAUCUUUGAAGGCCGUUGAUUCCAAGGUUAAGGUAUGCAAUGAAUUAAUUGACUUAUUAGUUAAUGAAACUGAUGACGAACUUUUCAUCGAUCCUUUGGAAACAUUGCAAUCAUUUGAAUUUGAUCACGAUUCAGUCAUUGCUGUAUUAUCCAAUGUUCAAAUUGUUACUCAAGUCCCUGAACAAGGUGUGGCCAAGAGAAGAAGAAGAUCAUCUAAUUCAACCAAACAAAACAUGGCUAGAAAUGAUAUCAGCAAUAUGGCUUCAAUUCACUUGAGAAAAUUGACCAUUGCUUUAGACGUCUUGGAAAACAACUUGAGAAAUAAAGUGAAUGAUAUAGCUCAACCAGAUUUAUUACAAGAUUUGUUCAGAAUUUUGACUGAUUUAGACUAUUUAGGAAACGAUGGUAACUUACCAGUCUUAUAUGCACAAGAAACUUUAGCUCUGUGUAUGUUAUUGAGUAUUGUUACCAUGAAGAAGAAUUCCAAAACACAAAAUUUCAAAUUUGACUCUAACUCUGUUAGAUCUGAUUUAAUAGUCAAUUCUAUUAGAUUGUCAUCAUCUCCACAAGUUCAAAACAGGUUCUUAUUAGUUAUUGCCGAAUUAGCUGCAUUGGCGCCAGAAAUAAUUUUACAUUCCGUUAUGCCAAUAUUCACUUUUAUGGGUGCUCAUACUAUCAGACAGGAUGAUGAAUUUUCAAGCUCAGCUUUACAGCAAACAAUUGCUAAAGUCAUUCCUGCUUUGGCUAGUAGUGGAUCGUCGUCUUUAAGCAAUGAAAUCGAGUUUUUAUUAACCAGUUUUGUUACUGCUUUCCAACAUAUCCCAAGACAUCGUCGUGUUAAACUAUUCGUAUCUUUGACCAGAACUUUGGGUUACGCUAAUUCCUUACAUAUUAUCAUAUUCUUGAUUGGACAACAGUAUAAUAUGAACAACUCCAAAGGGAAAAUGACUGAAUGUAACGCUUUAUUAGAGUUUACAACAUCGUUAUUGAAAAGCUUUAAGGCAAAAGAAAUUUUGGAGAGCUUUGCCAAAUUUUAUGAAUUAUGGAAUGAGUUGCCAAAUAAUGAAUUAGAAUCUAAUUCCGAACAAUUUAAUAAAUUAAGUUCAAGAUCAAUUUUUGGUAAUUCAAUUGUGUCUUCCUCUUCAGAAGAAUUGAUAGAAUUAAAAGCUCAAUUAUUGAGAUUUAUCAACCAAGUUUUAAAUGUUGACCAGGAAUUGAAUCAAGUAAGUUCCUCAAUAAAAUUAAAGGUUUCAUUAACUUUAAUAGACACUCAAUCCUCUAAAGAUGACAAGAAUGAUAUUUUAUCAAAUUUCAGCCAAAUAACUUCAUUGAUUUUAUCCAGUUUAGAAUCAUUCGCUAAUUUAGAAAAAAGUGAAUUUGAUUCUAUUCAAACCAAUUUAUAUGAUUUACUAUCUAGUUAUUUGAACUUACUUCCAUUAAACUAUUUUGUUGAUUCGAUUAUUAUUUCAUUACAAGAAGUCAAUUCCCCAAUAUCAAUUAGAGUUGCAAGAAAUUUUGCAAUUUUAGCAGGUACCAAAUUUGAAUCUGAAUUGAACUCCAAUAGUAUUGAUGAAAACAUUCAGCAAGUAGUUUCAACCAAGUUGUUGCCAGUUUUAAUAAAUGGAGUUGAAACAGUUGAUCACGUCGAGCUUGUUCAAUCAUAUUUAGACACUUUUGCUAUCAUAGUCAAUAAAUUUGGUGUUAUAACUACUCAAAUGACCAAUUCUGAUAAUACUAAAGUAUUAAUAAAUUCAUUGAAAAUCAUUGUUACCGAAAAAGGAUUAUUGAAUGAACAACCCGAGGUCAUUAUUUCUUCUAUUAAUGCAAUUUCUAGUAUCAUCAAUGUAUUAGGUAUUAAAACUAUUGGAUUAUUUCCAAAAGUUUUACCACCAGCAUUAAAAAUUUGGGAACGAACUAUUAAGACUAAUUCAUCGGAAGCUGAAUCAGACUCUGAUUCUGAAACGGAAGAAGAGAAUGAAAGUAAUAAACUUAUUCAAGCUUCAAUCUUAGCCUUAAUUUCAUGUUUAGUUAAGAAGAUGCCAGGAUUCAUCAUUGGUAGUUUAGAGAAAAUAUUAUCAACUGUAUUAUACAGUGAUUUAAUUGAAAAUAGUAUUAGAUCAAGUAUAUUAGAUCUUAUUGUUGAACACGUUGAAAAAUCCCAAUUGAUGAAAUCAUUAUGUAAUUUAAGUUUAACUGGAGAAUUUUAUCAACAAGCCAAUGCAAGUGAUUUAGGAUUAUAUUUGAAUGUUUUACAAAAUACUAUUAAUAAGAUUGAUAAGAAAUCAGCCUCUGGUCAAUCUACGUUGUUUAUGAAUUGGUUAAUCAAAUCAUUUGAAUUCAGAAAUGAUAUUGGAGAAGAAAAAUAUAAUGUCAAUACAAUUGCCAGAUUAGAAAGUUCAUUUCAUGAAUGUGGUAUCACCUAUGUCAUGAAGUUAAAUGAUAAAACCUUCCGUCCUCUUUUCGCUAAUUUAGUAAGAUGGGCAAUUAAUGGAGAAGGAUCAUUAAGUAACAAGAAUACUGAAGUUACUAGAUUAUUAGCAUUUUUCAAAUUUUUCAACAAAUUGCAAGAGAAUUUGAAAAGUAUUAUUACAUCGUAUUUUUCAUAUUUACUCGAUGGAACUAGUAAUAUAUUGAAUAGAUUCUGCAAUAGAGAUAUUGAAGAAAUUAAUUUAAGAAGAUUGAUUUUAAAUUCGUUGACCUCAUCGUUUAAAUAUGAUCAAGAAGAUUAUUGGUCACAACAACUGAGAUUUGAAAGUGUUAUGGAACCAUUAAUUGGACAAUUACAAAAUAUUGAAGAAAAUAUCGGGAAAUAUUUAGUUAAAGCCAUUACUUCAUUUAUUAUUAAUGUUUCAUCGGAUGAAUAUAAUGAAAAACUAGUUUAUGGAUUAAUUAAAUAUAUUACUAACGAAUCAGAAGAAAAUAAUUCAAAUACUAAAAUAUGGACAAUUAGAACAUUGAAAUCAAUUUUCCAAAAAAUGGGAGAACAAUGGUUAUCAUAUUUACCUACAUUUAUUCCAUAUAUUGCCGAAUUAUUAGAAGAUGAUGAUGAAUCGGUUGAAAUGGAAGUAAGAAGUGGAUUAGUUAGAGUUAUUGAAAAUGUAUUGGGAGAACCAUUAGAUAGGUAUUUAGAUUAA